CGCUUUGCAUGCCGGGAAACGUAGUUUUCUCUUCCUUUACUUCCCAGCAGGCAUCUGCCUGUUAAGAACUACAUAACCCGUAGUGCUUUGCAAAUAUGUAUAUCCUGCAACAACGCCAAGACCUCCCCUUCCCUCGGCGAAGACAUUUCGAACCAAUAGGACAGGCGAGCGGGGACACUUGGAGCCAAUGAGAGUGGAAAGGGCGGAGAUGAACUGUGGUUGCUGUGGCUGCUGACUGCGGCGGUUGUUUGAAGAUGGCGGGUGUUGCUGGGUUCGGAAUCGCCGGUUAUUGGAGUCAAGACGGUUGUGAUGAAGAGCAGCAGGUUGUGUACGUCCCAGGACUGCACUCAGAAGACAACAUGAGAUCUGCCCCUAAAUCUAAGACCUCCAAAUCCGAAGGUAGAAAAACUGAUGCCCAAAAGCCUCAUCCUGCCGCGAAAAUAGAUUUUUUACAGAACCAUCAAGAGCAUCAGGUAUCUCCGGACGAUGGGGGGAUAAAGAGCGCCUCUUUGAAGGAUUUGUGUCCGGAAGACAAAAGGCGAAUUGCAAAUCUAAUCCAAGAACUUGCACGAGUCAGUGAGGAGAAAGAGGUGACAGAGGAGCGGCUAAAAAUGGAGCAGGAGUCAUUUGAGAAGAAGAUCCGGCAGCUGGAGGAGCAGAACAAUCUCAUUGGGACUGAAAGGGAAGCCCUGCAGCAGCAAUACCGGGAGUGCCAGGAGUUGCUCAGCCUCUACCAGUCGUAUCUCGCGGAGCAACAGAAGAAGCUGCAUGCAUCUCCCAGAAGGAUAGAAGAGGUGCGUGAGGUUAAUAAUCAGCCAACCGCCGCUGAACUAAACGGCUCGUACCUCGGGAGUGACACCAGCAGUUCCAGAUCUUAUGGAACCAAUCAGAUGUGCAGAAAUGAUCCGGCCUGCAGAAUCAGCUUCCGUUGUGAUCCAUGUGAAUGUUGUUCGGGAAAACGAUUCCAUAGGAAACACAGUGGCAGUUCGGGGUUACAUGUGCCCAGUCCAGUCCGUGCGUCUGACAGUCGGCAUUGUGCAAAACUUCCUGAUCAUUCAUUGGCUCAGAGCUGCCUACAUUCCUCAUCACUAAAUGCACACAGCACCCCAGGAAGGCACCCAACUGAACAAAUCCAGAUGAGACCCAAGAAAUCCAGUGUUAAAAGUGUCUCUGAGGAGAGAAAGCAUCAGCUCCUGCUGCAGAAACUGGAACUAGAGAUGGAGAAAGAGCGGCUGCAGCAGCUGUUGUCCCAGCAAGAAACAAAACUACUACUCAAACAGCAGCAGCUGCAACAGUCCAGGCUGGAACACAACAGUCGGAGUCAAAUACUUCCUGACCAGCCUCCUCUAAUUAUUCAUGAUCCCCGACCAUCUUCUGACCCUAUUCCUAUGGCCAACAGCUUCAGAUACAGUCCAGCGAGGCCUUUAUCUGAGGGUGUUACCACUCCACCAUCCAUCAAAAGUUCCAUAAAACAUCUCAGUGGGGGUAAAAAAGUCCAAAAGACAAUGACUUCUCCUUGUGAGACUCAACAGAGAGACCCCUCGUGUGCAGAGGAAAUGAUUGGAUUCAGUAGAGGUUCCACCAAGGAUGCAGCCACAUCUCCCUAUCCAGUGACACAGAAGCCAGUGAGCACAGUUUCACCCCCCGUGCAGCGCGAAAUCUGCCGGUAUGAAACGUCUCUGAUCGACAUGCUGGAUGCAAUAAGCCCCAUCUCUAGCGACAGACCCCGCCCCCAUUGCAGAGACACCAAUAAGUUCAGGGUCAUGAGCCCGGCCCCCAGGAUCCAUUCCAGACCGGCCCCCGAGGAUCCAGAGGAGAGCAAGAUGCUGGAGGAGAUCUUCUUCAUUUGCUGAUCAAACCCUCCUCAUGCAGAACUGCUGGCCGAGUGCAAUGGAGAACCACAAACGACCCCGCAGUGCUUUAUCUUUUCAGCACUAGGAAUGUUUGUAGGUUUUCACUUUUGGCGUUGGAAGGGUUAAUGGUAUUUUAAGGAGAUUUUAUUGAUCUAUUCCCCAUGAAGCAAUGCAUUAUUACUACUUCCCCCAUCAUUCCUGACAUUUGCCUGUCGCUAAAUAACAAUUGUGGCAGUUUUUAACUUGGGCCGGUACUUUCACUUGGGCCCUUCGCUGAGACAUACGGGGGACACUGGGAGCAGAUCCAGGCGCCGUUUGAUGUCUCUUUUGAUUUCAAUGGGUUUCCCUCCUGCUUUUCUUUGUGAGCGACUCAUGAAACAAAAUGGAUUUCACAUUGUGCUACAUUUCUCCUUAGUUUGUGUUAAAGGGAUACCGGCC